AUGGCAAACGCAGCGGAUAGUCAGCCUUUCUUCGAGCAACAUGCUCGCAAGAUCGGGAUGGAGCAGCAACUCUUGGACAAAUUCAUAGCUGGAGGGGUCAAGACGGUGUCCAUGGCAGCCUAUGCCGCCACUCAACCGGGUCAACCUCUCACAGACAGGGAGGUCUCCACUCUAUGUACGAGUCUGGGGCAGAACAACCCCACUCUUGCACAAAUGACGGUCGUCAAGAGGCUCCUGUUCGAGUGCCAGACCAUGAGUCUGGCAAACUUGAAGGCCACCGUGGAACGGCAGCCGGACUCAGUUCUACGUAAGCUGCCAGGAGCUGAGAGAGCCCAGCGCCUGGAAUUGCAGGCUCAAAGGCUGGGCGGACUCUCGAUUGAGCAUGACUUGGAGCCCGCCUUUUCAGUCUAUGAUGCUGUGUCGACACAGGUAGAGCAAGGGUCGCUGAAAUACCUUCACCCGAGCAAGAUCCCCACGCGUCGCCAGGAAUUGGCGCAAGGCAAGCCAGCCAAGGAACUUGUGUUGGACGCUUCGGGGGACGGCCUCUCGGUUCAGGACAAAUCCUCUAAAGUCGAGGCCCAGUUGGGGUCAGACAUGGCGACUUACAGGGCGUUGCAAAGAAGGGGUCUGGCCUACGACCUCGUUGGCGUUUUGAGUUUCAAGGUGCACGAGAAAUGGCUUCAGAAGGCCUUUGCUACCUUGCAGACCCCAGCGCCCCCAGGCUUCAACCGUCCGACGCUGCAGCAGGUCCUGCGAGCAGAUCGGGCCUUGUGGAUGGAGCUUGGCAGCAAACAGCCGACCCUGACAAGGGCAGCGGCGAACGCGCCGCUCGCGGGACGCCCGGACGACGAGAGCGUGCUCAACUUCUUGUGGACUGGGCAGGGAGACAAGGAAUUUGAUGAGUUGGCUAGACAGAAUCCACUGUCCCUUUUGCCUGGUUUGGAGCGCAGACGCAGAGCAGCAAGGACAAAUCUGGAUUCCGCUAAGAGUGAUGAGCGUGAGAAAUACACAUUGCUGCUGGCAGAUGUGAUACGGCAAGCCAAGUUGCCAGUGGUGGCGCAGUUGGAUGCUGUCAACGAUGACGGGAGGUCCUGGAAGCGCAUCUUUGGGACGAGACGUAGCAAAACGCUGCGAAAUCGGUUUCGUUCUUGGAGGGCCUUUUCACGUUGGCUGGAGACGUCAUAUCAUAAGGUUUGGCCAUCAAGCAUUGUUCCAUUGCUGGAGUAUGCAGAUGAGAAAUACAAUGACGACUGUGGGAAAACAGUCUUGCCCAGCUUUCAAGCGGCAUUGUCUGUGUUGGAACAGGCCGGGAGGGUGCCGGAAGCCGAGAUGCUCUCGCGAGACCCUACCUGGUUGGCGCAGCUAGCAUCCUACACUGCAGAUCUGGAGGCAGCGCAGCCCGAGCGUAAGCAGGCCCCGCUGUUUACUGUGGCCAUCGUUGUCGCACUAGAACUGUAUGUCUGCCUUGAGAGCGAACCUGAAUAUGCACGUGCUUUGGGCUGGGUCGUAUUGUUAAUGGUGUAUGCCUCGCUGCGGGCCGAUGAUGUUCAAGCCAUUCGGCCGGAGACGAUGGAGAUCAUUGGUUCUGGCUUCAAGGCAAAGCUGGGACGCACAAAGACGACUGGUCCUGAUAGACGAUGCAAAGAAGUAUACAUCUUCGUGAAGCGUGAUGUUGGACUUUCAGGACAGGAUUGGUUAGUGACUGGCUUUGAGCUGUGGGAAAAGUACAAGCAACCACGUGAUUUUCUGGUCUUGGAAGCAAAUGGGGAUUGGACGGCACCAACCAACAAGGGUGUUGACAGUUCUGGUGUGGCUCUUUACAUGAGGUCAGUCCUUAGCAGAUUGGGUACACCCAAGCGGAUCAGUGGGAGUUACAGGCUCAACGAGCAUCGAGGCCUACUUCCUGAUGGAGCCUACAGGAUGUACACUGGACACUCACCUAGAAACUUUCUGGCUUCCGUGGCGGCAGCUAUAGGUGUGCGAAAGGAAGACAUCGAUUACCUUGGGCGUUGGCUCAUAAGCAGGCUCUCUGGCGCUGGCGACUACAUUCGAACAUCAAGGGAAGUGGUACACCGUGUGCAAGAGACUGUGUGUCGAGCUUUGCUAGAGGGUGUUGGCGGGCAAUACCACGAGGACGAGGCCCUGUCGAUGCUCAAGAGCUAUGUGGACGGCUUGGGCACGUCUGGCAGCUUGGCUCGCAGGCAGCGCGACAUCUUGCGUCGCGGCGAUGGCCAGCGUCACUUGGGGUUGACGUGGCCCGCCUUUACACCUGCAUUGGAGGAUCCGGACAGUUCAGCAGAAGAUCUGGUGGAAGCUCCGGGGUUUUCGGCGUCCAAGUAUUUUAUCACUACCAGCUCCAAAACGGGGCUACGUCGGCUGCACCUCAAUGGUCCUUGCCAUGUCAAACAUUACCACUGCUCCUCGGUGGAUUUUGUGGACCAGGUCAAUCUGGAGGACAUCGAUAGCAUUUGCCGGGACUGCAAGCAUCGGCUGCGGCGCGAAGCUGGACAGGAGGCUGUCGAGGAUUUCAAGACCCUUGUGUACAGUGCAACCUCAGAGCUUCCAUGCAAAUCAGUCGAGGCGGAAAUGCUGGCGCUGGUAGCAACAGCUGACUCAGAUCUUCAGUAUGUGCUUCAGGAGGCAGCAGCCCCCCUCCGGGUGCAGUAUCAGGUGGUUCAGGUGCAUACCACCCGCAGGCGUUUCCAGGCGAUCGCUGACACGAGGGCGGAAGCUCGCACUGCUGCUCGUGACUUCAACCUUGACCACAAUUCCGCUGAAGGCCGUGCUCAGAUCGCCUCGGUGGUUGCUGCUUGGGAGUUGGCCAAAGAGUUUUCGGCUAAGGAGGUUGAGCUGAAGGCGGAAGCAAAAGUCAUGGGCCAUAAGAAGGUUCUCCAAGUUCAGGAGCGACAGGCUAUGCUUCGUGCAGUCACCACCGUGUAUGGCAAGCUGAAUGAGGCGGAGACGCCCAGUGCAGAGUAUCUAGCAUCCAAGGCCGAGGAGUGCGAGGAAAACGAGCCGACUGCUUCCUCGCUAGAUCAGAUCAGCUCCAAGAAAGACAAACAGGUGGAGUCGCUGCAGUCCACUGUGGAUUCCAGCGGUCAUCUUCGUGUCACCAAGACGAUACAGAAGCUGGAGAUGCCACACAAUUCUGAGGCCUACCGUAGGGUCAUGAAGGUCGAGGCCUACGCUUGGCUCUGUAUGUCAGCCCGCUUCAAGGCCAAAUCAUGGCUACAGGGGCUGAAGCUCGAAACUUUCACCAAGUUCGUCGAGUACUGGCUUGCGGUUACCGUCGCACCAGGGAAAGGAUGCCCUCCCGGGGAGGCUCUCGAGCAGGUGGUGGCGGACCCAUCUUUGAAAGAGACCUGGUUCACCACGCCUUUGGCCCUGCAUGUCGCAGAGCAGCCCCGCAAGUACCGCAAGGGCGAUGGAAAGGACCUCACCCAAGAUGCUGUGUGGCAGGACAUUUUCCGUUUGGUGCAGCGGCCCAAUACUGUCUUCAUCACCAGAGCAGUGUUUGUUAAAGCUUCACAACUAGCCGCGGAGGCGGGCAAUGCUUUCCUGUGGGAACACCCCGAGCAUCUGGGGGUUGCCGCCGAUGGCGUCGUUCCUUCCUCAAUCUGGUCUUGGCCCGAGAUUCUUGAUCUGUUAGUGCGUUUCAAAGCAGUCACCUUUGCAAUUUUUCAGUGCAUGUUUGGAGCUCAGACAAGCAAGCCAACUCGUUUCUUGAGCAAUCUCGCACGCUUUCAGCGUGCUCCGCCACCUCAUGCUACACUGCCCUGUCUGGAUUCACAUCAUCGCUACUUCGGUCCCUUACCGAAGUCCUGCCCACAUGGUCGUCAUGAUUCCUUGGUGGGUAAGGAUCCCGUCAGCCGCCAGUGGCGAACAGCAGCCUCCGCAGCUUACCCUCCGAAACUUUGUCAGUUCCUGGCUGAGGCAAUAGCCAGCUCGCAGUCACUUGCGCCCCGUGCAGCAACAGCUCAGGGCAGGGACGCCGUGGCCCCCUCUGCUUUCGCCGCUCGUUUCUUGGCAAAGGAGGGCCUGAUGACGAAAGACGAGCUGAGAGCACUACAUCAGCUUCUCCCCAAGGUCCUUACCCGGUAUGUUUGUCAGAUCAGCCCAAAGUUUAGCUUCUCCGCUGUGUCUCUUUUCCAUGGGAUACGCACGACCAUGCACAGAGAUUCACGCAAUGCUCCAUUUCCGAACAUGGUGGCACCUAUCACCUCUUUCAAGGGGGGCCAGAUCUGGGUAGAGGACUGUCAUGGAUCGGUGCCAGAGAUGACCCCUGAUGGUCUCAAGGUUGGCAAAGACCUGGAGGUGGCAAAAGGGCCCGUCAUCUUCGAUGCCUACAAAGCUUUCCACUUCACCCGCGCGUGGGAGGGCGAACGCCUGGUGGUGGUGGCUUACGUCACUGACCACUUGGACACCCUGAAAGACGGUGAGAAGCAGGUUUUGGAGCGGCAAGGCUUUCAGUUGCCUGCGCAGGAAGCUGAGACUUCGGAGGCCAUUGAACUAGAGUUUGGAGCGCCCCAUGGUAGCGCGCCACCGGGAGCUGAACCAGCCUUCAAGCCCGAGCUAUGCGGGAACCGUGGACUUCCACUACAAGCAGAGUGGGAGGGCAAGCAGAUAUGCCAGAUGUGCAUGGAGUUCGUGGGGCGAAAUGUCAGCUCUCCAAAAGAGCUUUGCGAAAAACUGGCCGCUGGAGAAGUCACAGAGACACCUUUCUGUGAUGAGGAGAUGCAGCAGCUGCGAGAAAAGUGGUGCCGGCGAGUCGGUGGAGAUGACUGGAAGCAUUGCAUGGAGAUUCCCAAAGGACAGCCCUUUCUCUUGAAAGCGGUGGCCCGGACUGCAGAGCUGAUGGGCGACCCCGACUGGGCCUCCAUAACCGAGGGCACGGACAACUUCUGCACUGGGGUACCCAUAGGUUUUGGCGAGGCGCUGCCCAGGUUGCCCCAAGUCUUCGAGCCUAAAGCGAAGUGGAGGAAGUUCGAUGAGGAUCUCCCGGAAUGGGACCGCUCCAACUACGCCAGUGCUUCCUUGAACUCGCAGCAGCUGCUAGAGAAGUUCCGGGAGGAAGUGGAGCUCGGUCGGAUGGAAGCUUCGACGCAUGGGGCGUUGAAGCAGCGCUAUGGUGAGGAGAAUCUACGCGUAGCCUCCAUGGGUGCAAUCCAGAAACCUGAUGGAUCCGUGAGGCCGGUUCAUGACGGUACCCACGGAGUACACGUGAAUCAGGCCAUACCUCACAACCUUCUUUCAGUUCCGGGUCCUGGAGAGCUAGCCCUCCUAGUCAGACAAUCUCAGGAGCAAUUUGAGACACCCUUUGCUUUGGCGGGGGACGUGGCCGCCGCCCACCGCUUGGUGCUGGUGCGCGAAAGAGACUGGGGACUCCUGGCAUGCCGUGCAGAGGCUGGGAGCGACACCGUCUUCGUGAACCGAGUUGGAACGUUUGGGAUCUCAUCUGCCUCAUUCUGGUGGGCCCGCCUUUUCGGCAUUAUAGGUAGGAUGGUUGGGCGGGCCAUGCUCAACCACUUCUUCUUUCAACUGGUUUUCGUAGACGACUUACACGCCAAUUUCUUUGGUACCACUUCAACAGGCCCUGCCUCCAACCUUGGCCUUAGGCCCUGUGCAAGCUGCCUGCGUGAAGCAGGCAGCGGAUGGGAGCUCGCCUCCGCGGGCAAGCGGCGAUCAAGUCGCCUGUGCAUUUGGGCUCUUUUGGCCCAGCGGUUCCUGCCAAUAACCCCUGCGUGUGCUUUUGUUCCGGCUUCUGCCUGGGUGUGGCUUUCCUUCUGUUGGCCAUCAGCCUCUGUUAGCCUUCCAUGGGCUCCACGUGCAGUCGCCGCGCAGCGCAAGAGCCGCUUGUCGAGCAGGACCCUGCCAUCCCGGCCUGUCAGCAAGUCUGUCAACAGUGUGGCCGUAACGGUUGUAUCCGGUACCGCAUCAACCACAACCACCAUUGGUGCGCGCGCUGUGUCAUUGCUUGGUACCUGGCAGUCUACGACAGGUGAAUGGCGUCUCCCAAGGCCCCUGUCCCCGCAGCGCCGCCCGACGCCCCGAUACCCCCUGGUGUCGCCCCUGUGUGUGUGGUCAAGCGCUUCCGAAAAGAUCUCCCAGGGCCGUCUCCUGCGGUCAACAGGGGGGAACAAUCCACAGCUAAGGGAGAUGAUGGGGCGCUCCAUGGAGUUGACCCUGAACUUGAUGGCCGACGUACAGCUGCUCUUCAAUAUGAGUCAAGAUGCCCAUGGUAGGUCCGACCAGGACCAAGGCGGGUUUUCACGGGGUCAGCAGGUGUCCUUGAUUUACCCAGGCGUCAGCCGCUCAAGUGACUCCGCUUCAUCUGGCGAGGGCGUCACGCUCACACCGGAGAAUGCAGAGGCCUUUCUGGCCAGACUUGAUGCCCGGCCCACGUGUCCCUCGGGUCAUCCGUUGCUUUCCUUUGGGUCGCCUGAACCAAAUUGGUGGUGCAGUGUGUGCAAAAGGGAGUUCGCCACACGACGCUUGCUUUGGGGGUGCAGGGUCUGCGACUUUGACAUUUGCGGAAAUUGCUUGGCCAAUCAGCGCAGUGGUCCCACCAUCUCUCCUGCUCCGAGUCAAGAGGCCGAUCAAGAUGCAACUCCCAGUGAUGCAAAGGCAUGGCCCUCGAUAAAGCUCCUGCGUGCGUCAGGAUUUUUGACAGGCAAUGACAUGUUCCCGGAUGACCUUCGUCUCGCCCUGGAUGUGAAUGGGCGAAACCUGUCGGUUUUGGGGUCGAGCAGGGCACCAGAGCUCAAAGGCAGGGCCCGCUACGGCGGCCGCAACUCCCUGCAUGCCAUCCUGGCUAGCAGGGCCCGCUACGGCGGCCGCAACUCCCUGCAUGCCAUCCUGGCUAGAGUUGUACAGAUCGCCUUCAUUGACUAUGAGCUGGACUACGCGGCCCGACUGGUGGGGCUCAGCAAAGUGCGAGGAGAUUGGCUGGUCCAGUGGAUUAAAAGUGCCAGGGAGUCGAAAUACGUGGUUCAGACUAAGAAGUUCGCCGAGUUCUUAGGUAGAUUGGGGUUCGUGUCGAGGGUGGUUUACUGGUUGAAACCGCACUUGGCACCCCUUUAUGCCUGGUCAUCGGCCACACAUCGAUGCUCGGUCGGGAAGCUUCCUGACACGGUGAUCUUGACUCUUCUCUACAUCGAGGAAGCUCUCGUAGCCAAAGACUACAAAGUGUCCCCUUCCAGGGUGGACCUAAGCGACAAGCCUCUUUUCUUCACCGAUGCAAAAUGCAAAGAUGGCCUGGUUGUGCUUGGGGGCUGGGAUGCAACAUGUCCCUUGGGCAGGUCACGGUGGUUCUCGAUUAAGGUGCGACCGCACGAGGCACCUUACUUGUUCGACGAGGAGCAGAAGUCACAGUGGGCAUCGGCAUCUGCGGAGCUCUUGGCAACUUUAGCUGCGUUAUACUUGUUCGGACAUUUGGGAGAAUCCACCAGGGUACGGCAGCUCCCAGUCGUUUUUAGUGCUGUCACUGACAACAAGGGCAACGAGUCUUUGUCCAAGAAGCAAAGCGCAACGAAGUGGCCGCUCAUGCUCAUAAACAUGCAGCUGUCACAUUUGCUCGCCCUAUCUAAAAUCAGGCUAGCUCUUAACUGGCGUCCGCGGGGUGAAAAUCAACUUGCGGAUGAUCUCACCAACUCCAGAUUCAGCUCCUUCAAUCCCGAAUUCAGAUGUUUCAGCUCAUUCAGUGACCUUCCUCUUGAGUUGCUCAGCAAGCUUUGGGAGACGAAGUCGCAGUUUGAUGCUCUCAGACAUUCCACAAGUCAGCAAGGAGGCAAAGGCGCGGGCAAGGGCCCCAAGCGUUGGGGCGAUGGAAAGGGGUAUGGGCAAUGGAAAUAUCAGAGGACCGACAAAGGGGACAAGGGCCAGGGAGGCAAAUCAGGUUUCAAGGGAGCCCGCCUCCCCACGAAGGGCAAAUUCGACAGUGGCAAGGGCGGCUUUCCGAAUAAGUCCCUCGUCUUGCAAGGAGGCAAGGGUGAGACCCCCAUGCCGGCCGCCUUGCGAGGCGGCGUGCCGAACGACGAGCAUGGAGAUCCUCUUUGUUUUGGCUUCAACCUAGGACAGUGCAAGGAUGCUCCGUUGGGGGCAGAUGCGCACGGGGCAGACAUGUAUGUUGUCACCCAGGUUGCUUCCGGAAGCAUCCCUUUUCUGAGCACAAGGGCUCAGGCCAGGCAGCCUGAAAGAACGCCCCGUUGCAAGGGACGUCGAAUGACAGCGCUUCCGCGCUGGACCAGGCGUCCCGCGCUGCUCCGACCGCGCGUCGCGCACAAGCGUGCGCGGAGAGAGCGGCAACAGCCAUGGGGGAGGGUGGAGAUAGUUCUGCCCAUUUUUGUGAACAAGACAAUUUUCCCGCUUCUGAGGCCUCCGCAUUUCCACCUCAGGCGAGUCAUUCUGGCGCGCAGAGGUCUGGACAAGCGCAACGUACUGCGGUCGGUCGGAGUGGAUAACGUUCGCAUGGCGAGGCGCAAGGGCAAGAUAAUACAGCUGGACUUGCUCCUGCUGUCGCACCAAGGUCUGCUGUGGAAAUGGCUGGGCUCCCCAGGACUGGCAGCCGUAUGGCUGGCGCCGCCCUGCGGCACAUCCAGCAGGGCCAAGGAAAUCCCGCUUCCGUGGGAGGACGAGCCGCAUCCCUUGAGGUCAGUGGAGUACCCGGAAGGGCUUCCAGGCCUUGGCCCAAGUGAUGCAGAAAGGGUGGCAAAGGCUAACGAGCUUUACCGGCUCACGGCCCGAAUCUGGGACUUCUGCUGCGAAAAGGCAUUGAGUGAACAGGCGAUCGUGGUCCAGUGCGACUUUUGCAUGAUGGGAGGUUCGAGAUUAAAGCGGACGGCCUUGCUGUGUAACAACGACCUCAUCACAGGCCUGGCUGUCACGUGUGAUGGAUCCCACGAGCAUCUACCCUGGGACGUGCGUGAGGGAGUUCUCGCAACAAAGCUUGAGACCGCGUACCCGCACCAGUUUUGUAAGCACUUCGUUUCCCUGCUGUUGCAGCAUCUGAGCCAGGGUGGUAACGACACGAAGACCAAAAAGGCUGCAUCUUUUCAGGUCAUCCCCGAAUUCUGCCGACGAACCAGAUGGACAGUGCCCGGCCAACUCCGCAAGGCGCCAGGAGCCCCGGCGUUGAGAGUGACGCCCCUACUGUCUUCUGCGACGGACGUUCUGGUGGAGGUCCCGUGGAACCCACAGGAAUUUGUGGCGAAAGCCCGACUGGCCGGCCACCCCCGACACCUGUGCCUCGGGGUGCCACCCGCCCUCAGGAAGGCAAUUUUGGCGUGCUCUAAACAGCCCGCAGCCAAGGUGAUUGAGACUCGAGCCGCGCAGUCACGAAGAUGGCUCCAGCGAGCCCAGGAGCUGCAGCUAGCCGAAAACGACUUCAAAGCCAAGCUGCCCGAGCACAUCCGCGGCAGCCUCCGCAACAAGAGAAUACUGCUCUUCAAGGAGAUGCUAGAAGCGUCCCACUACGCCGACAAGGCAGUGGCAGACGACCUGGCACAGGGUUUCGAUCUUGUAGGGCAUUUGGACCUCCCGGCAGGCUGGUCCACCGACUUUCGUCCAGCAUUCCUUUCCCUGAAGGACCUGUCCCAAUUGACGCAGGAGACCAACCACCAGGUCAUCAAGGAAGUUGAGGACUCAUCUCAGUUUCUGGAAGAACUGUGGCAGAAAAGUCUCGAUGAAGUAUCGAAAGGCUGGUCGGCAGGACCGUUCCGAGAACAGGUCGACGACCUGUCCCAGAGCCACAUCAACGAGGCAUUUGGGAGUAUGGGGAAGAUCGAGUUGCAUGAUGUCGAGACAAUUGCAGCCUCAGCCAUCUUGUUCCUGAGGCACGCAGGACAAGGACUGCUUGGGAAAACCAUUGACCUGAAAUCAGCAUAUAGGCAGCUGCCACUGUCCGAAGAGGCACUCAACAUGGCCUAUGUGGCUGUCAAGGACCCCAGCUCGGGGGAGGUUCGCUUCUUCAGGCUUCUUUGCCUUCCAUUUGGAGCCGUGGCGGCGGUCCACGCGUUCAUCAGGGUCAGCUUGGCUAUUUGUCAUAUAGGAAACACGUUUUGGCACUUGCCUUGGAGCUCGUUUUACGAUGACUUCACGCUGUUGUCCACACGACAGCUGGCCCCUAGCGCAGAGGCCAGUGCAUGUUUUCUGCCAGACUUGCUCGGCUUUGAGUUUGACAGAGACGGAGACAAGGCUCCGCCGUUCCAAGAGGUCUUCAGAUCUUUGGGGGUCGAAUUGGACCUUACAGACAGCAGCAAGCAGAUUUUUAGGAUCCAGAACACAGCAGAACGGACCAAAAGUCUCAUUGAAGACCUGGCAGCCUUUCAGGAGCAAGGAGCCUCAAGCCCUAAGACCUGGAAUCCAAUGAGGGGAAGGCUGCACUUUGUGGCGGGCCGACUCUCUGGGCGCUUGCCGAAGGGCUUCAUGAGAAGAAUCUCUGACAUCAUCAAUGCCCCCGCAUAUGUCAGGAGACAGAACCAAGCCUCCCUUUGCGCAGCACUGCAGGGGCUACGACAUUACAUAGCCGAAGCGUCGCCGAGGACGGUGCGAGCCCAGACCUCAGAGACGGUGUAUGCUUUUACGGACGCCUCGCAAGAAGGACUCCAAGGCCUCGAAAUGGGUCUGGGAGCAGUCCUGUUUAAUCAGGAGGGGCAAAUCCUGUGCUGGUUUGGCAUUGUGUUGCCGCAUGACCUUGCUGAGAAACUCCUGCAAGGAAAGUCCAAAGUCAUCAACGAGCUCGAGAGCAUAGCUGUUCUCCUGCUCUUCAUUCUAGCCCGAGAAUUUCUCCGGGGAAAACACGUGAUGUGCUACUUAGACAAUGAAGCGGCGCGCAUAACGCUCCUCAAGCUGACCAGCGAUUCAGAGGCUUUGACCCUCUUGAGCAAUGCUUGCGCAUUGUUGGAACAGGAGCUCGAGAUGAUUCCGUUCUACGCUCGGGUACCGAGCAAAUCCAACGUGGCGGAUGCCCCAUCCCGCCUUGACUUUACAGGGUUGCCACACAAUUGCAGGUUCCAAGAUCAGGUGCUUCUCGCGGAGAUGGCCAAGCUGGUGAACUCGCUCGAAGUGCUGGACUUUCCUUCCUGGUCCAGCAAGGACUUCAUUUGCUGGAGAUGCAAUUGCACCAAGCAGGACAUGAAGAAGUUCCAAGACCAGGAUUGGGAAAGGUUGUACGAAGACAUUGAGCAGUUUUACAAUGCGAACGAGACCCAGGACAGGCUCCCAAAGCUGAUCCCUUCCAUGCUCCGUGAGGAGCAGAAGGGCAAGCUGAAAGAAGCAACCAUGGUGAGGGCGGCCGAGGCUUUGAAUGGAGUAUAUGUGAACCUUUCUGCAGACACGUGGAGUGUCGAGGCUUUCCGAUGGCACGCGCAUCCUUUGGGAGCCUUGCGCCGAAUGGAAGAGCUGCCUCCCGAGCUGGUUUUGCCUGAUAGUUCCUCGGCAAGCGCCAGCAUUCGUUGGCAAAUCUUCCUGCAGCGGCUUGCAUUUCAGCAGUUUCAGUACAUGGAUCGACUGGUUUUUCAGAUGCUGUUCUGGAAGAAUCUUCUGAAGCGGAUUUACAUGCAGCUGCUUUGGUGCUUCAGAUACAACAAUGGGGCCUUCGGCUCUUGCAUCUUCGGACGCUGCUUCACACGACAGUGUCAAGGGGGCGCCAAAUGCAUCUUCUUUCUAUUUGCCUUUGCAGUCACGGUCGGGACAGGCUUCUACAAGGCGAACAGAGGGCAAAGCUUCAUCGUUGGUUUCGAAUUGUUCAUGUUCCUGGACGCUUUUGCGGUCUUGGCCAGGCAACCUUCAGGCCCGCUUACUGCUCCAGUGAAUGUUCUCAAGGCUCUGCGUUGGAUUAAGAAACUUUUCGAGUUGCCCUGGCCCGACUUGGCAUCGCCGAUGUUUCGAGCGUUGGAGGCUCGACGUCCUGGUCCUCGUCGAGAGUCUGUGCCGUUUCCUGCAGCUUUCAUUGCCUUUCUUGAGGCCGUCGUGAUUCAGGGGGACAUCUUUCCACGCUUUUACAGGUUAUUUUCGGGAGCAAUUCUUACUUGCAUCUACGCAAGUCUUCGAUGGAGUGAUGCACAGUCGGUCCUCUGGGAUGCUAUUUUCUUGGACAUCGAUACACUGCGAUCAACUGCUGUCAGGACGAAGGUGUCUACACAGGGCAUGCCUUUCGCAAUAUGGCGUGAAGGCAUUCAGGCCAGUUCAGGCUUUUCUUGGGUGGACCACUGGGUCUGGCUUCUUGGCGAAGUUUUCAGUGAGGUUCGUGAAGUCUUGCCAGACUUUACCCCUGAUGUCCUGUUUUUCAGCUGGCAAGAUGGUAUGUUCGAGCCACUAUCUUACGCAGCUUCUUUGCGCGCUCUUAGGGAACUCCUGCAGAAAUCUGGGUUGUUUGGAGCGUCUCAGAUCCAGGAGUUUACACUUCACAGUGCCAAGGCUACAGUUCUUUCCAUGGCCAUACAGUUGAACGUUUCCGAAUUCCUUCGUGCUUUUCAAGGCCAUCAUCGCAUGACGAAACUGUACAGUCGAGACGACGUUCACUAUGCGCUGCAGGUUCAACGCAGUGUCCUUGAUGCUUUGAGGAGUGGCUGGUUGCCUCGCAUUACUAUGCUUCGUGGUGCGGCUCCACCAGUGCAGCAACCGGCUUGUCGCAACGGCACAGCCAUCAUCUUCGGAGACUGGUGCUGUGCAGCAGGCGUCUUGCUCUGUCGCAAUGAGCUCAACGGGGCCUCCGGAGUCAACAGUUUCGUCAGAACAGGGAGCUAUGCGUUUGGAAGGCUCCAAGCGGUGUGUACCACGCUGGGGACCCAGCUAAAGACAUGCUGCCGGCCUGCGGCGUUCGUUCCGCUCGACUGGAAUCAGUGGCUUUUCUCCCCGCUGGCGGGCGCCUUUGCAAACGUACCUCAGCACAAGCUUCCCUGUUUCGUCCCAGAAACACGCUUGGCCAAUUGGGCCUCUGCUCUCAGCGUUGCAGAUAGUUUCGAUGUGGUCGAGGAUGACAUGCCAGCUCUUCUGGCUUCUUUCGACAUCCCGUCGGAGCUCCACGCUGUGAUUGGCAACUUUACGCCCAAGCUUUUCGGGCUUGUGGCUACAGAUCUUACAGACUUGAAUCACUUCCUUGCUUCUUUGGAAUUGGCUUCUUACAGCGAAGAUGAGUUCGUGGUUCGUGCCAAGAUUCGUCGUCUUUGGCAGCACUGCUCUGCACCUGAAGUACCAGCCGAAAAUCCUGCGGUGAAUGCAACGCAACCACUGUCCACUACUUCCUCGACAAGUACGUGGGCGGAGACUUUUCCACCCAAGCUGGAUGCUGCCGUUGUACGCUCUUUUCGGGAUCGCUUCGAGAAGUCUUAUCCUUCCGAAAUACUGGACAGUGAAUCGAUGCCGAGUUCACGGCUUUUAGCUUUGGCACAUCGUUAUGUCAAAAACAAGGAGUGGCAGUGGAUUCCUUGGGCUUGGCGUAUGAGCCAAGCUCAGCUUGACGCCUCCCAGCUUCAACGGCCGAGUAAGCUGCCUAAGCUUGACAAUCUUUUCGUGGACGAAGUGCCUGUCCGGGACCUUCCACAUGGCAACAACCCAGCAUCAGAAGGCAUCCUUCGUUCUGUGCUCUCAAUUCACUCCAAUGCCAUAGCCCUGGUGGAAGGUGCGCAUCUUGGCGUCCUUCGCCUCUAUGAGAAGCGUUUCUUGAAGUUGGCCUUGCAGCGCUUCGAGAAUGGCUCUGGCUUGCGCUCUGUCAAUGUUCAGGAGGCGAUGAAUGCAGAUCGUCGAGCUUGGGAAGUGAUAGGUGAUUUGCUUGCUCAUGGCUGGCAGCUUGACGACGCGAUCUCUGAAGUUGUGGAGGUCCGAAACGAGCUGUCCUCAAUGCUUCAAGCUCGUCCUUGGAUUCCGAAGUUUGAGCCUUCUCGGGGCAAGGGCGGGUUCAAGGGCAAGACGGCGCCCCUUGCGGUGGGAAGCAUAGUGCAACUCAGCACCGGGCAACUCCUCACUGACUAUCAUGUGAUGUGGCUUCAGCUCCUUCAAAGUCCUCACAACUCUUGUGUACAGGCGACAUUCUUGCAGGGGCGGCUCUACCUUCGAGCAGCAAUCCUAAGGCGUGAGCAUGUGGUUCAGUCCACAGACUCUUCAGCUUAUCUCAACUUUGGAUACCGCUCAGGGACACAGGAGAUCCACUCCUCUUGGAGCCUCCAGCUCGACUACUACAUUGGACGAGCCUAUGGGUCGGCCGACACGCCCAACGAGCCUCAUGACCUGCAAUACAGAAGGCGCUUAGAGUUGCAUGCAGUUUCCGCCAAAUUGCAGGAAACACGUGCCAGCCUGGCCCUUGCCCAACAGGCCUACACCGAUCUCAGGCCAGCCUCCCGCAUCCUGCCCUGUGCUCGCGACGACUACCUCAGCAUCACCAACAACGAGAACGACCGCGUGGAGGCCUACGGGCCAGCCAAACCCCUUGAUUUCCGCCUUCGGCCCCAAGCCACUGCUAUUCAAGCAACUCAGGCUGUUAUCUCGGCCUUCAGCUUCAGGCACAUCAAAGCACCAGCAAUGCUGUUUCUGCCUGCGUUGGCCUUGCUUUUCAUGCAAAAUCCUGCCCUAGGUAUGCUCCUCAACAGCCAGCAGGGCAGGCACACAGCCUACGAUGUAUGCCUGGGCGAACUCGCCAAUACCCAGCCUCCGCAGCCAAGAAAAGUCUCAAAGCCCUUGAGACAUUUGUGCAACGGGCAGGAGCGCAGGAAAUUUGCCCUCGCGUCCGUGUGCGCAGCCCCCGACGCCAGCCUGGCCAUCCUGCUUGUUUUUGGCUACCGCUUCUCAUGCAUUUUCGCCUUGACACGCGGUGAAGCCCGUCCCCUGAACAUGCGGAGAAGCUUCAAAGCUUUUGGGGCAUCGGUGCAAAACACAAGGAAGUCUGCCCUCACGUCCGUGCGCAGCUCGCGACGCCAGCCUGGCCAUCCUGCUUUCGGCUACCGCUUCUCAUGCAUUUUCGCCUUGACACGCGGUGAAGCCCGCAUCAUGCAUUUUUGCCUAGAGAGAUGCGGUCAAGCUCGUCCCUUUGCCCUGAAGAGGCCUGUGUGCGCCAAUUCUGACAUCUUGCGAAAUGCACAGGCUUACCUUCUGUCCACGCAUGGACAUUCCUUGCGUGUCACAGACUAUUGGUCCGCCUCGGACUUACGCUGGAACUUUGCCCAGUCGGCCAGCCAUCAGCCACCGCCCAGGUCGGCCAGAUUUCAGCCACCGCCCUCAGCCAUCAGCCACCGCCCAGGUCGGCCAGCCAGUGCCCGCAAAGCCUUCUCCUCGUUGGUCGGGAAGAAACACAUCCCAGGUACAUCCCACAACAUCGUCGUGGAGUUCCUCAGGGUAACCCUGCCCACGAACCCACCAGUAAAGCCUUCUGGCCCUGCCCUGGCCACGCCAACAGCCCUUGCCUUGGCCUCGGAAAGAAUCUGCGCAAGAGGCCAAACAUGCCCGUGCGUAACAUGGGCAGGUUUCAGCCAAUAUGGUCCACAAGCGCCAAGGCCAGGCACCUUCCUCGCAGGCGCACGGCUUGGGUUUGCCAACAGCCACAUCCCCAGACGCGUUUGGGCCGACUCACGCCCUCGUCUGCACCUGCCCUGCGGGUCCGUAAACUGUGCCCGCCUCAUAUGCUGCCUACCUGCCUACGCCACGGAUGGCCUAUAG